CAGGCUUUACAGCUUGCUUCAGUAGCUCUCAGCCCCUCCCACACAAAUCGUCCCAGCCCCCCCUGCUUGCUCUGCUCAAGGAAGGGGUGGUUGGCCCCCUUUCAGGGGCAGGCCAGGCGAGCCCCGCUCGGCGCGGAGGAGCCGCCUCGGUGCCCGGGAAGCGGGCUCGAGGCGCGCAAACGAGCCGCACAGCGGCUUUUACGGUGCGUGCUCCGUUGCCCAUGUUGUACCGACGCGUCCCUUGCAGGCGUACAGCGGGCGGGAAAGGGACAGCCGCUCCCUCAGGGCUGGGCGAGGUUAGAGGCGCGGAGGCCCCAGCCGCCUCCUACCGCCGGUAGUUUAGCGAGGCCGCCGCGGGAGGAGGAGCCCUGCGCGGGAAGCGAGGGUUCGGCUCGCAGCAGCAGAGAGGCCCGAGCAGAAAAUGGUCGUUUGGGGCUCGUUGCUCAGGCGAAGCUGCUAGGAAGAGCCGAGCCGGAGCCCCAGCCCCGUGCAAGGCGGGGGGAGCUGCCCGCCCCGCGCAGCCUGCUUAGCCUCCCCCGUCCGGCCAGCGGGGCUGUAGCACUCCAGCUGCCGGCCGCAGUGACUCGCGCCUGACCCGCAGCAGGACGGAGCGGAGCGCAGCGCCCGCCCCGGCAGCAUGCAGCGGGGCUGAGGAGGCGCGGCCGCUGCUGCUCUGUGUUUCUUCGCUUCCCCCCGUGCCUGGGCUCUGCCGGCUGAGGGAUCCCGCAGGAAAAUGGAGCCGUUCCCCCACGAUCGAAUUCAGUUGCCCAGGAAUAUGAUUGAAAACAGCAUGUUUGAGGAAGAACCUGAUGUGGUUGACUUGGCAAAGGAGCCUUGCUUGCAUCCAUUGGAGCCUGAUGAAGUGGAGUAUGAGCCAAGAAGUUCACGACUACUGGUGCGUGGCCUUGGAGAAAAUGAAAUGGAUGAGGAUGAAGAGGAUUAUGAAUCAUCAGCGAAAUUGCUGGGCAUGUCUUUCAUGAACAGAAGCGCAGGUCUCCGUAAUAAUGGAGCUGGCUAUAGACAGAGCUCAGAUGGCUCAUGCUCAGUGCCCUCUUUAAGGACCAUGGUGGUUUGUGCAGUUGUUCUUGUUAUUGCAGUUUCAGUAAUAAUGGUGAUCUACCUUCUUCCCAAAUGUACCUUUACCAAAGAAGGCUGCCAUAAAAAGAACCCUACAAUGGAACUGAUAUAUCCUCUAGCAACUAAUGGAAAGAGAUUUCCAUGGGCAAAAACCAGGCUUCCCAGUAAUGUUAUACCACUACACUAUGAUCUUGUCUUACAGCCAAACCUAACAACUACAGAGUUUGCAGGUUCUGUUCAGAUAACGGUUAAUGUAAUUCAAGUCACUUGGAAUAUCAUACUUCAUAGCUCAGGACUUAAUAUCAGCAAGGCAACUCUGACUUCAUCAGGUUGGAAUCAGGCAAAACCAGUUGUAGUCCUGGAAUAUCCAAUACGUGAUCAGAUUGCCGUUGUGGCCCCUGAAGCUCUACUUGUUGGACAAAACUACACCCUCAGUAUAGACUAUUCAUCUAAUUUAUCAGAUACCUAUUAUGGGUUUUACAAAGUCUCCUACAAGGAUGAACAUGCUGAGAAAAGAUGGCUUGCAGCAACUCAGUUUGAGCCUCUGGCUGCAAGGUCUGCUUUUCCGUGCUUUGAUGAACCAGCACUUAAAGCCACUUUUUUAAUUAAGAUCAAGAGAGAUGAACAGCACUCCACUCUGUCAAAUAUGCCAAAGAAUGUAACCAUCCCUGUGGCAGCUGGAAUAGUUCAAGAUGAAUUCUUUGUGAGUUUGAAGAUGAGUACUUACCUUGUAGCGUUCACUGUUGCAAAUCUGAAGAAUAUCAGUAAGGAGACUAAUAGGACUCUGGUAUCUAUAUAUGCCAUGCCACAGAAGCUAGGCCAAGUUGAGCAUGCCCUAGACACAGCAGUGAAGCUCCUGGAGUUUUAUCAGAAGUAUUUUCAUAUAGAGUAUCCUCUUCAAAAAUUAGAUUUGGUAGCUAUUCCUGAUUUCCAGGCAGGUGCUAUGGAAAACUGGGGUUUAAUCACCUUUAGAGAGACAACACUCCUUUAUGACAUUAAAACCUCUUCAGCAAUGGAUAAAAAGCUGGUAACUGCGGUGAUAGCUCAUGAGCUGGCUCAUCAGUGGUUUGGUAACUUAGUAACUAUGGAAUGGUGGAAUGAUCUUUGGUUGAAUGAAGGAUUUGCCACUUUUAUGGAAUACUAUGCCAUGGAAAGAACUUUCCCAGAGCUGCAGACUGAUGAAGAAUUCCUGAAACUACGAUUCAAGACUAUGAUGAAAGACUCCUUAAGCGCCUCACGUCCAAUCUCCUCUGCUGUCCAGUCUUCAGAGCAGAUUGAAGAAAUGUUUGAUGCGCUUUCCUAUAUCAAGGGAGCUUCCCUUUUGUUCAUGCUGAAAAAGUAUAUCAAACAUGAUAGUUUUCAAGCUGGGAUUGAGAAUUAUUUGUAUAAUCACAGCUACGGAUCCACCCGGAGCGAUGAUUUAUGGGACAGCAUGAAUGAGAUCACAAACGGAACACUCGAUGUAAAAAACCUGAUGAAAACUUGGAUUCUGCAGAAAGGAUUUCCCUUAGUAACUGUUAAAAGAAAAGGAAAGAGUCUCUAUCUCCAGCAGGAGAGAUUCUUGCGCAGUGUGGAAUCAGAAAAUUGGACGACAGAUGCAAGUUAUCUGUGGCAUAUUCCUCUCUCCUACACUACUAGCAGCUGCUCUUUCCUCUGUCCUUAUGCAUAUUUACUGGACCAGAAGUCAGCUACCAUUGAACUUCAGGAGGAGGUGGCAUGGGUAAAGUUCAAUGUGGACAUGAAUGGCUACUAUAUAGUGCACUAUGCUGAAGAUGACUGGAAUAUUCUAAUUGACCUGCUGAGGCACAAUCUUACUGCUCUGAGUGCCAAAGACCGAGCUCACCUGAUCAACAAUAUCUUCAGUCUUGUGGGUAUAGGAAAGGUGUCUCUGUUGAAGGCCUUUAAUCUGCUUGAUUAUCUAGUGAAAGAGAACCACACUGCACCAAUCAGUCAAGCUUUGUUCCAAGUGAGUCUCAUCUAUGAUCUUGUAGAAAAAAGAGGAAUGCAGGAUCUUGCAGCAAGAGUAGUGGACAGAGUUAAAAAGCUACUUGGAAGCAAAAUUGAUCAACAGACUUGGACUGAUGAUGGGACCGUAUCUGAACGAGAGUUCCGGUCUACUGUGCUCGCCUUUGCCUGCUCUCAUCACUUGGGAAACUGUAGCACCACUGCCACCGAGCUGUUUAAGGAAUGGAAGGCUUCCAAUGGCACGAAGAGUCUGCCUACUGAUGUUAUGAAGACUGUAUUCACAACAGGAGCAAAAACUGAUGAUGGCUGGGAGUUCCUUCUAAGCAUGUACACAUCUUCAGUUUCUGAAGCUAAGAAGCACAAAAUGCUUGAAGCUCUAGCCAGCACAGAAGAUACUAGAAAACUGAUCUGGUUAAUGCAAACAAGCCUGGAGGGAAACCUCAUCAGGGCACAGGAACUUUCGCAUAUCAUAGCAACUGUCAGCCAAAGUCUGCCUGGGCACUUGUUGGCCUGGGACUUUGUCAAAGAGAACUGGGAAAAGCUUAUACGGAAGUUCCACUUGGGGUCAUUUGCUAUCCAGAAUAUAGUUACCGUGUCAACCUUUCAGUUUUCAACAGAAGCCCAUCUACUUGAGGUUAAAACUUUCUUUGAGUCCAAGUCCGAGAAGAAUUCUCAACUUCGCUGUGUCAAGGAGGCUAUUGAGACGAUUCAGCUGAAUAUUAAGUGGAUGGAGAAGAACUUAGCAACGCUACAGCAUUGGCUGUAGAGAACAUAAUGCCACAGUGUGUGUGUGUUGGCCAUUAAGAAAGCUUGUGAACUGUUGCUUUUGCAAAAGCCAGGGUGAAACCAGGCAUCGCUGCAACAUUGUUUGCACUAUUAGGGGUUCUAGUUAGCUCAGGGCAAAUCUCACCUAAGUUUGUUUUUCUUUUGGUCAUUUGUGGGCCAGAUGUAGAUGUUUGUUUAUUUAUUCUGGAACUGUGUUCAUCUAUAGACCAAACAGCUGCAUAAAUAACUAAUAAGUACAGUAAUUUUAUAUUUGAAACACCCUGUCAUUUGAAAUCCUGUCUUAUCAUUCUCAACACUGGGUAAGUAUUGAAAAAGAGCAACAAGGGAAAAAACUGCCAUGAGAGAUGCUUUUUCUUUGCAGAGCGCUGGCUAAUCAGUGUUCUUUAUGCAAAACUGUUGGUAGCUUCGGGUUUAGCUUUUGAUGAUCAAAGUGUUUUUUCCAGACAUUCUAAAAACAUAAGAAUAUUCAGUUAUUAUUAUUAUAUUGUAUUUUUGUCUAUGAAGUGGCCAGGUGCUACUGAUAUUAUAUAAAAGAAAACAAAGCCAAAUAGCAAAUAUGAAUGUUUUAGGAGGAGAGAGAUUUUUAGAAGUAUCUCAGUGACUUGGGAGCACAUGUACCACUGAAAGUCAAUGGGGAGUGUGCUCCUAACUCAUUAGGCACUUUUAAGGGUCAAACUUUUAAUUGCCAGACUGAAUUAUUAUUUUUUUGAUGUCUGAGCAACAGCCCCCACCCUCCCAAAAAAAAAGCCAUAGGAAGUUGCUCCAGACUAGUUCAGACAGUGAACUGACUCCUGAUUGACUACUGAUCCUUUUCACCAUUCCUCUUUGCUGAGGACCUGCAUUUGGUACAUAUGUGUCAGACAUUUUGUUUGGGUCUUUAUAUUCUCUUAAUUUUUCAGAAUCACUGGUAUGAUUUGUGUACACCGCUUACUCUGUAAUGCUUUCUUGGUGUAACACAGCAAUGGGGAACUUUUUGUCUGUAUUUGGAUGGUAUCAUGCAACAACUAUUGGGGACAAAGCCUAAAACUUACUCUGGGAACAAGUGCUCUAAAAUCUGGCAUGCUAGGCUAAAAGGCAAGAUAGCCACAAUACAAUGUGCCUUUUUUCUAAAGCAAUUCACAUUUAAGGCCCUUUUUGAGGCCUGGUGUAAACACAGAGUUGUACCUCCUUAACUAAAGAGAUGAUUUUUAUACCUGUUUAGUUAAAGUGGUAGGGAGAGAGAAUGUGUGAAUAUUCUUAUGCCUGUCUAAAGCUAGCUAACAUCACAUUAGUUUGCAUCAGAAAACUUUUCAUGUACAGCCAAACUGAUAUAACAAGUUUUAAACCAAUGUAAGAGAAUCCAAACAAACAAGUUGAAUCAGUUAAUUAAAUGGAUUUAAGUUAAACCAGUGCAAAUUUUGUGCAGAGACAAGCCUCUGAGAAAAGUUUUCUUUAAAAGGUGGGGAGACUAUUUUCAGUCAUAAUCAGCCUUGACUUUGAAUUUAUCAUUUUAAUACAGGCUUUGUUUAAAAAAAAAAAAUUUAUAACAACUUUCACCUGCAAAUUGUGGCAGUAAUGUGCAUGAGAUGUAGGUAAGUGAUUAGUGAAAACUGCCUAGUGAAAAUUAUAGUAUUUGUUGGCUUUUCAUCAGUAGGUAUGUACUAAAUCAUUUAAACUAUGCAGUUUCAUUUCCAUAUUUUGUGAUUCUCUGACUAAAGUUUGGAGAGAAAUUUCCUCAGAAUUUGCCAGUAGUUUACUUUAAAAAUGAGUUCUGCAGUUCUAACCUUGAAACAGAAUGUUACUCCUCCUGGGUGCGCAAAACACCGUCAGCCAGUGGAAAUGAAUGCAUUUUGCAUGCACUGAAAGUGGAUUUGUACUCCUCCUCAGUGAUUGAAUUAGAUGUUAUCCUAAUUCAUUGAGUUCUUUAAUCACUUGUAUUAACUGCAUUGUUCAGUGAUGUGUCGUCCCCCCCCCCCGUUACUGUGUUUAGUUACAUCUUUGUAUAUUCUUCUCUGUGUGUUUGUACCAUGUGUUUUUUCCUUUUUUCCAUUUCCCUGUUCUUUUUUAAAAAAUUCCCUCUUGACAACAGCAAAGAUGAAGGAUGUCAAACUUUGUAGAGUGAGAACUAAUAAUAAUCUCCUCAAUUCCAACUCUGGGAUUAUAAGAAUGUUCUACCAUUGAGCUUAAACAUGUUACUAAUAAUGUAAUCUGUAUUAAGAAAUACUAUGCACUUCCAUUUUAGAGUGCAAAAUACAGAAAAAAUUGAAAAACAGAGUUUGGAAAAUCAUGGCUUUAAAAAACCAAACAACCAACCCAAGGUUUGUUUCAUUUUGCCACUCAGUGCACUGAGUUUUUCACCUUUUUUUUUUGCUAUUUAAACAUGAUUCAUGUUUUCAAUAUCACUUGUCCUUCUCUGGAGUUCGUACUAUGUACCUGGGAGCCAACUUCUGUUGAUGCCAAGGAAAAGCUUCUCAUUGAAUUCAGUAAGAGUUGGAUCAGGCCCUGAUACUGAAAAGCACUAAGAACCCUUAUCUCUUCCAGAGCUCAGUGGGAAUUGAGGAGAAUUGGUGCAGCGAACUAUCAAGACACCUGUCAUGUUUUACAUUAAAUGAGUGGAUCUUACCAGUUCUUUUGUCUUUCAGUCAAAAGAAACACACACAUUGCAGCAAAACACUUCUUGUUACAAUUCCAUAAUAGUUUACAGGCAAACAUUAUGGAACAAGAGGCUGUGUAAGUCUUGGGCCAUUGUCUUUAUUUUGUUUCUGAAGGAGGCAAGUUCCACUGAAAAGCUACUAGGCAAACACCAGUCACUUGGGGCCACCUCCCUCACUGUGAAAUCAGUUUUGUUUAAUGUUUAUUUUAGAUGGAGUGUCUCAGUUUAGGUCCAGUGAAACACCUUAACUUCGAAGCUUUUAUGGUACUGUAGUCUUGGUACUUUGCAGUGAUUUCAGUUGUAAAUAAUAUUAAACUUUGAAGUCUAAAAACCUAAUUUGAAAGAAACCAUGCAUUACAUAUAGCUACGUAUUUUGUGGAUUUUUUCCCUAAUAUUUCACAUGUAAAAUUAGCCUAAUGGGGGGAAAAUUGUGCUUUUUUAGCUCUAUUCCUGGAAAACAGAGAAGUCUGCAUGCUGAUGUAUCUUUGAUUUUAUUAAAAUUGCAAAUUCAUUUAAUUAAUGCUAAAUCCUGCAUUUACUUUAUCAUGACUUUUUGGCUUCUUAAAUUUACUCCAUAGUGUGGAAAGGAUCAGGAUGUGAGGAGAGAAGGAGCCUGAAAUGGAUCAUAUGUGGCUGUUUAGAAAUUUACACAAUUUGACAUCCUUCAAUAACUCAUUACAAAAGCAAGGUUGCAUAUUCUUCUAUAAGCAAUGAUACAUGUUGUAGUAGGCACUUCAUCACUACUGAAUUGAAUCCACUCUAAAUUUUAGUUUAUAAAACCCUGCUUUCAUAAAAUAUCUGCACCUUUUCUAGAAUACUAGUGCAUUGGCAAUCUGAAGAGCUCACUUUAACUCUAGGAGUGGUAUUCAUUUUUUGCCUGGCCAAAGAGAUGGUACUUUGCCAUAGAAAUACUUACAUUUCACCUGCUCACUACAUCUUGGAACAUUUGAGGCAUUUGAUGUUGGGCAUGCAUUGUAAAAGUAAUGCUUUAAGGAACAUAGUAAUGGCCUUCAUUAUGUUGGGGGUUUUUUAGCGACCAUAUGCUGCAGGAAGUCUGACCCUUGAAGUGAAUCCUGCUUUAUGAUUGUAUAUCUUUCACCUGUUCUAUAUUAGAUGGAACAUUCCUUUUCCAACAGAUUGGCUCUCCUCUCUUUCCCCUCCUCCUCCUCCCCUGCCCCCCUUCAAAGAUGUUCUCUUUCAUUGCACUCUGAAAUUUAACACAACACUGCCUCAUUAACCAUACACUUUUGUAUGCAUUUCAUGCAUCUAGGCUUGUAUGUUGGCUUUCUUUUGUAUAUUUCUGAAUCGGGUUUCAUGUAGUUAAUUCACUCCAUCACAUGGUAAAUGUUGUUCUCUCACAUUUGGCUAUACUGUAUAGAAGAAAAUGCUUGAGUAAACUUACUUUUACAUUAUUUAUUUUAUUGGGUUUUUUUAAAUUAAGAUGCUACUAAAUGUUGGAAGAUUUAGUUACUUUUUUUAAUGAGGCAUGGAUUCACAUGAUUCCUGGAAAGUUUUAAACGGAUGUAAUUUACCACAUUAAACUCUCAGGUCAUAUUGCUAAAGAAUUUAAACCUCUAGUUUUUCUGUUGUUUAAACCUGCUUCUGAAGUCGAAAUAUAGAAUUUUAUUCGUGAUAACUUAGUUUUGAUCAGAGUGAGAGGCAGGCAUCUUUUUUUGAGUUGAUCAUAGUGGCAUUUAGCAAAUUGAAGUAAAAUAUUAAGAAAAGGUAGGAGCUUGUAUGCAUUUAAAUACAUUAAAGUUUGGAUUGAGUUAUUAAAGAUCAAUAAUAUUUUCUAUUCAACGAAGAAGGGAAAUUGAGUAUUCUGAGAGCAAAUUGCAUCAAACUACUGCUAAACUUGCAGUCAGACAAGAGCCCUAUAUUCCAGUCUUUAUAAAGUUAAAUAGCCCUGAAGAAUGAUAUCUUUCAAAUUAUUUUGGAAAAGUUAAGUACUAUAAGGACCUGUAAAGGGAGAACACUUGUAUAUUUCUAAAAUACUUAAAAUAUAAGUACAAUGUACAAUCACAUGUGAGCUUUGGUUGGUGAAAUUCUAGGUUGUACAAUACUUGCCUUUAGGAGCGGGGGAGGUUGGAAAUCGUGUGUGUGUGUGUGUAUAUAUGUAUAAUGCAUACACAUAUGCAGAUCUGUUUUAUUUUACUUGUAAAGGGGGGGAAGUUUUUCUUUAUAUUUCAGAUAAACUUGUUUGCAUAUAACUGGCACUGAUGAAAAGGCAUGUAUACAGCAAACACUGUUGCUUUUGUGAGAUGAAAAUAAAGUAUUUAAAUACAAA